AUGGCGACUCCCUCAGAUCCUCAGUCUGCCCCUCCGGCGGAAGAAACCACCAACCAGCCCCAGGAAAACGGCAACCAAGAAAACAGCGACGAAGAAUUCAGCAUGCCUUUAAUAACAAAUGGACGUCCAUUUGAAGACGCCUACGCCAAGGCAUUUAACAACAACAGUUUAUGGCGGCGAUCCCUCGCCGAGACCGAGCCCGAACUAUUCGAAUCCCUCGGAAAAGGUCAAUCCCCUCAGAUCCUCUGGAUUGGCUGUGCGGAUUCCCGCUGCCCGGAGACGACUAUCCUAGGCCUACAGCCCGGCGAGAUUUUCUGCCAUCGAAAUAUCGCCAACAUCCUCGUCAACACCGACAUCAACUCGCUCUCCGUCAUCCAAUAUGCCGUCCAGUAUCUGAAGGUCAAGCACAUCAUCAUUUGCGGCCACACCUCGUGCGGUGGUAUUGCCGCCGCACUGGGCAACAAGAAACUCGGCCUCAUCGACACGUGGCUCAUGCCGUUGCGUGCUCUCAGGCAGGAGAAUCUCUCACUGUUGGACACCCUCAACGAGACCGACAAGGGCGUCAAGUUGGUCGAGCUCAACGUUCGUGCGGGUGUCAAGGUCCUCCACACCAACCCCAUCGUCAUCGAUGCCAUGAGCGAGCGGGGCCUCCAGGUCCACGGCCUGAUCUACAAUGUCGGCACCGGAGAACUUCGAGAACUAGACAUUGAGGAGGAAGAGGAGAUUGUCAAGAGCCGUAUCGUGUCGUUCAAGACCGAGGACUAG